AUGAGAAAAGACCGAUUCCUCUUGGCCGUAACCAUCAUCGCCAUCUUCUCCGCUGACCUCUACUUUAUCCUCCUGCCAAAACUGCGGAGCGCAGGAGAAAGAUCGGGACACUUCUGCACGUGCCGCCAGAACAACUUCAGCCAUUCUGAUCAGUUCUCCAACUGGACUUCUUUACUGCUUCAGGAUGUGGAGCCUUCUGGAUUUAACGAUGGGGGCUCCAAGCUGAACAGGCUGUUCACCCAUCCUUUAUAUAAUAUUCAUUCCCCAACAUUGGUACCAGAGGAGAGGCUGCUACAGGUGGACCAGUUGAUGGACUACAACAGGAAGAAGGUGUCACGAUGGGAAAGACACAUGAAGUUAUACAACGAAGCAGUGGCCGCCUCCAACAUCACAGUGACUGACCACAAAAUGGCCUUCGACGCUGACGCCAACUGGCUCAAAUUCCACAUGGGAAUAAGUCGCUACGCUCUAUACUCCCGCCGUGACCCGGCUAUUGCACAGCUGCUCCUGGACAUGCGCGACAUGACUGUGGUCAACGCAGAUUACACUCAAGAUGAGAAGGCUUUGAAAGGAGCAUGUGACUGCAGCCAAGUGGUGAAGCCCAGCGGACACCACCUGAAACUGGCACUGAAAUUGCAGAAUUUUGGCAAGGCCAUGUUCAAGCCAAUGAGGCAGCGGAGGGACGAGGAAACUCCAGAAGAUUUCUUCUACUUCGUCGAUGUCCAGAGACACAAUGCAGAGAUUGCUGCUUUUCACUUGGACAGGAUCUUGGACUUCCGCCGAGUUCCACCGGUUGUUGGCAGGUUUCUCAACCUGACUGGUGAAGUGCUCCAAGUUACCCGAAAUGACGACCUACGGGCUGUUUUCUUCACCUCACCUGCUAACAACACUUGUUUUUUCGCCAAGUGCCUUUAUAUGUGUAAGACAGAAUACGCCGUGUGCGGGAACCCUGAUCUACUUGAGGGUUCCCUCUCAGCCUACCUGCCCGGCCUCAGCAUCGCCCCCCGCAUCUCCAUCCCCAACCCUUGGACCCGCUCGUACACCUUCACUGGAAAGCAAGAGUGGCAGGUGAAUCCAUCCUACUGUGACACUGUGAAGAAGCUUUAUCCUUACAAUUCCGGCAACCGGCUCCUCAACAUCAUUGACAUGUCUAUAUUUGACUUUCUUAUGGGCAACAUGGACCGACAUCACUAUGAGAUUUUCACCAAAUUUGGCGAUGAAGGAUUUCUUCUCCACUUGGACAAUGCCAGAGGAUUUGGGAAGCACAGCCAAGAUGAGAUGUCUAUUCUUGCACCAUUAUCUCAGUGUUGCAUGAUAAAGCGCUCCACCCUUCUGAGACUCCAGCUGUUGGCCCAACCAGAGUUUAGACUGAGUGACGUGAUGAGGGAGUCUCUGCUGAAAGACACCCUUCAGCCUAUUCUAACAGAAGCACACCUCGCCGCCCUGGACCGUAGGCUCCUCAAGAUCCUACGAGUUGUCCAGCGCUGUACGCGCAAGCUGGGCGACAACCGAGUUAUCACUAACGACUUUAUUAGGGCCCCUUUGAACCCUUGGACAAGCGCAGAGAGCAAAAAGGCCAGGUAG